CUUAAUGUAACGGUCUGUUUGAAAACCAGAGCAGAGCCGUGUGCAAAAGCAGCGCCCAUGUGGAGGGGAGAAGGACAGGACCGAAGUAGCGGACCGUGUGCAAACCGCGUGUGGCGCAGAGGACAGACCGACAACAACCAGGCGCGGUCUGAGGUUGUAGGAACUAGUGGAGAUGAGUAGUAAUGAGUGUUUUGGAUGCGGACGUACCGGCCACUGGAUCAAGAACUGUCCGAAUGCCGGGCGGGGACGAGGCAAGGGCCGCGGGAGGGGGAAAGAUCUGUUCUGCUAUCGCUGUGGCGAGCCUGGUCACGUCGCCAGAGACUGUGAGAGGACUGAGGAUGCGUGCUAUAACUGUGGUCGUGGAGGACACAUCUCCAGGGACUGUAAGGAGCCCAAGAAGGAGAGGGAACAGGUCUGUUAUAACUGUGGCAAGGCCGGCCAUGUGGCCCGGGACUGUGACCAUGCCAACGAGCAGAAGUGCUACUCCUGUGGAGGCUUCGGACACAUCCAGAAGGGCUGUGACAAGGUCAAGUGUUACAGGUGUGGUGAGAUCGGCCAUGUUGCCGUCCAGUGCAGCAAGGCCAGCGAAGUCAACUGCUACAACUGCGGAAAGUCUGGUCACCUGGCUAAAGAAUGCACCAUCGAGGCCACGGCCUAGCACUCUGCUGCCUUCCUAUGCCCCUCCCUUUUCACAUGGAUGGUUGUAUUAUUUUGUCUGAAUCGUCCCCUCUGGCCCACGGCAGGCUACGGAGGAUAGUCCCACACCAGUUCGCUGGAAAAGCAGGACAGGGGGUGAAACAUCCACUUUCUGCAUUUAAUCAAACAUGUUUGUUUAGUUUGGUAGAGGUUAAUGUAUAAUGCUUGUUAAAGAACCCCCUUUCCAUGCCACUGGUGACCAGGGAUGAAUGAUGAGUGGAUGCCCUCCCUACCAGGUCUGGGAAAACAGCACUUAGUGAGAGUGAGUGGGUAGGAAGUCUGAGCUUCCCAUAAAGAUUGACUUUGUUUUAGUUUUCUUGAACAAAACGGAGUCUACCUGCAAUAGAGUGACUGACGUGCGACAGCAGCCCCGGCCAGCAGUCAUUAUGUUUACGGUUCAGUCCGACGGCAGCAUGUAGGCAGGCAGACAGACAGAUAGACGGCAGCAUGCAGACAGGGAGAUAACAUGCCCCAACACUGUAUGAAUACUGUGAGAGAAAUUACAAGAUUAUGUUAUAAUACUUUUAUUGCAUCAAAUAGCUGUUUUAUGCAACAGAAUAGAGGGUUCUUAUAACUCUAUUGUGUCUGUGUGAACUGAAAGUGGGCCUCUGGGAGAUUUAACACAAGAGAUUUCCGAUGUCUUUUGGGUGAUAUAACCUAAAGAGACCGCAUUCCAUAGCAUGACUUAAUGUUUCUGUUCGUAGUGGUACCAGGGAGAGAUGACCCCAGGGCCAAACCCUGGUCUCUACUGUUUUUACAGCAGAUACUUGUUAUUCACAGCAGACAGUAUCGUUCAUACUAAUCUUAACCUUGUGACCCAAUCCAUACAUUUGUUGUUCGUCAUGUAGACUGAAAGGGGUGUCUUGGCUGUAAAAGACCUUUGUACUUUUGUGUCGGGGCUCUAUGAAUCAUCUGGGGGUGAUUCGUCGACCAGCCAUCGUUAUCGUAGAGCACUCAAUCGAUUCACUUUAUAUUUGUGUGUUGUAUUGACCUGCUCCCUUAUUAAUAAGUGAAUAAAGAUUUAGUUUAAGUAUAACUCUGACUUGUGAUAAGUUUCCCUCAUUUGAUUGUAAAGAAAUUAACCAACACAAUAGACAGUCAGCAAAUUCAUCAAAUAAAUGAUUAUCAAUUCAUAAAAGGUGCAUUUCUUUGGACAGUGUUAGUUGCUGAAUGUCACUGUAGAAAGAGGAUCCCAUGAUUGGAGCAAGGUGAUGUAUUAUAACCAUGGGGAAAGAUGCAACUUCACAAGGAAUGAGUAGAUAAGAAAAUCUAAAUGUUUUUUUUUGUACAAUAUAUCUUAAGACUACUGUAAAAAAAUAUAUAUAUAAUUUGCUUGUUCUCUGUUUUUAAGUGGAAAGGUAAUGCAACUGAAGUCCUAGAAUAUUAAAAUGUCUUAACGUAAUUUUAACCUGAAUAAAGCACAGGAAGGGAAGUUA